CCUGUUUCUGUCUGUGUUUUCCCCCUCAGCCCCAGAGCCUCCCUCCAUGGUAUCCUUCAGGGACAUCAGUGGUAACAGCUCUGUAGAACUGACCUGGGAUGGUCCCGCCUCUGGUGACUACGACACCUUUGACCUCCAAUGGGCUCCCAGAGAUUCCCUGUCAAUCACAGCGCCUCAGCCAACCAGCCGCAUCCUGGAUGGGAUGUUCCCGGGACGACUGUACAACUUCACCAUCCGCACUGUCAGUGGGGGAGGAGUCAAGGGCGGGCCUAUCGCCAACAGCCAGCCAAUCCAGAGGAGCCUCAGAACAAACCCAUCCAGACUGCGGAACAUGCAUUGUUUCCCCCAGAGUUCCUCAUCCAUCUCCUGUUCCUGGACCUUCCCUGACUCCCACUGGGACUCCUAUACUGUGGAGGUGCGUCAGCAGGACAGCUGGGAGCUGGUGUACGCCCUGCGCCUGGCCCGGGAUAGUACCUUACUCAGCCUGGAGAACCUACAGCCUUACAGGAGAUACAACGUGGCUGUCAGAGUGGCCUCAGCUGGACUCAGCAGCCCCGCCGUGGAGGAGAACGUGGUCACCAUGAUCGACCGCCCGCCCCCUACCACAAUACGGGUCAAUGAGAGGGCGGUACGCAUCACCCCCUCCACCAUUUUGUUCAAGUUCAACUGCAGCUGGUUCAGCGACGUCAACGGAGCCGUCAGGUUCUUCACUGUCAUCGUGGCUGAGUCCACUGACAAUGAAGUCCUGCAGACAGAGCAGCUCCACCCUCUACCUUCCUUCCAGGACUACAGAACCAACAGCUCCGUGCGGGCCUACCAGACAGGCUACUUUCCCAGUGGCUGUGCCCAGGAACAGGGAAUGGGAGCUGGGCAUGUGUUUGAGGUCAACCUGGGGGCGGGGCUGGAUCGCCUGGGAGGGCCUUGUGAUUCAGAGGAGGAUGAUGAUAACGAUCACGGCAGUGAUCUCUACCACUUCUGUGAUGGGCCUCUCAAGCCUAAGACGGCCUACAGAAUCAGUGUCCGUGCCUUCACUCAGCUGUUUGACGAAGACCACAGAGAGUUCCCCCAACCUCUCUACAGGGACACCUUCCUGUCUCCACCCAUCAGGACACAAGCAGAGCCCCUCAGCGGAGUCAUCGAGGGCAUCAGCGCCGGAAUGUUCCUCAUCGGAAUGUUGAUCGCCGUCAUCUCCCUCCUCGUCUACAGGCAGAGAAUCCGUAAAGUGGCAGUACAGGAGAGCCCAGUGGUACGGAUGAGCAUGUGGAAGCAGGGGCCUACAUCAGGGAUGUACGUUGGAGUCAGAAGCAACCGACGCAUCUCAAGCCCCGUCAAAGCAGCCCACUUUGAAUCCCACCUCACUAAGCUACAGGCAGACUCCAACUAUCUUCUGUCAGAAGAGUUUGAGGAUCUGAAGGAUGUGGGUCGUAACCAGCCUCUGGAUGCAGCCCGUCUACCAGAGAACAGGGGCAAGAACCGUUACAACAACAUCCUGCCCUAUGAUUCCACCAGAGUGAAGCUCUCCUACCUGGAGGAUGACCCCUGUUCUGACUUCAUCAAUGCCAGUUAUAUACCAGGGAACAACUUCCGCCGCGAGUACAUCGCCACCCAAGGCCCUCUCCCCGGAACCAAGGAUGACUUCUGGAGGAUGGUGUGGGAGCACAACGUAUACAACGUCGUCAUGGUGACGCAGUGUGUCGAGAAGGGACGGGAAGGUCGCCCCAGCUUCCCUCGGGUGGUGAGACACUUCCACUACACGGUGUGGCCAGACCACGGGGUCCCCGAGACCACCCAGUCCCUCAUCGAGUUCGUACGGACCGUCAGGGACUACAUCGACAGGGCCCCCAGCACUGGAGCCACCGUUGUUCACUGCAGUGCUGGAGUGGGUCGUACAGGGACGUUCGUGGUUCUGGACCGGGCCCUUCAACAGCUGGACAGCAUAGGAACAGUGGACGUCUACGGCUGUGUGUUUGACCUCCGACUGCACCGCUCUCACAUGGUGCAAACAGAGUACCAGUACUCCUUCCUCCACCAGUGUGUUCGAGAUGUCCUGAGAGCCAGGAAGCUCCGUAGUGAGCAGGAGAACCCUCUCUACCCCAUCUAUGAGAAUUUCAACCCAGACUACUACCGUGAUUUUGUGUACACGGGACGCUAACUAACGACAGUCUGGGUUCCUCUCCACACAACUGAGUGAGAAGGAAAACCAGGGAAGAAUCUGUUCAAUACCACCAGACAGCCAUUAUUCUGUCACAAAUAAAGCACUAUAGAGUGU